CGAGUAGCAAGCAAUAUGGACUAAACCUGUUAUUUGCAUCAUUGGACUUUGAUCAUUAGCGAACUCACAGUGGUGAAGUACAAUAAAAAUCCACCGCGUCGUACAAAUAAAUUGCAUUAUUUUUGUGCAUUGCUAUUUUCACAUGCUGUCGUUGGCACUUUGCGUUGUGAAACAUAAAAAUAUAAUUCAGAACAUUUGAAUUAUCCUUAGUUUGUGGUAUUGAAAUCGAAAGAAGCGCAACGUGAGCUGUUGAUUUGGUGAUAGGUCCAUGAUUUGGUGCAGUAUUAUCACUGCAGUGAAAUUAAGAGACAUUUACCUGUGCGGACAUCGUUCUUUCAGGAGACAAAUUAUAUACUGUUGCUUGAGGGCGGAUAUAGAAAACGUCGGUCGGAUAUUAUCUUGUCUCAACAAUGGCCUCUAAAACUUUGGUUUUUGUUAUCGCCUUGAUUGGUGUGAGUACAACACUGGUAUCAUGCGAGGAUACUGCGACAACCACACCGUCACCAUCACCUACAACACAUGAUCCAGCCACCACGGCACCAACCACGUCUCCCGAUAGUACAACGGGGAACCCGACCACUACUGUAAACUCGACAUCACAGCCUCAGCCGACGGCGACGACGAUGAACGACACAGAAGCCCCUCAGAGCAGCACCUCACCGACGGCCACCACAGUACCGCCGUCGACGCCGAAACCGACAACAGAGGCCCCUCCGGAGAUCGGGACGUGGACCGUUGCAGACAGCGCCAAGAACCUGACGUGUAUGAAGAUGACCUUCAAAGGAACCAUCACCAGGACGAAAAUGACUCCCAUUCUGAUCCCGAUCACGGCUGCUGCGGACUCCUCGACGUGCAGUGAUCAGCAAUCCAGCUUGGUUCUCCAGUUCAACGACGAAAACAUGACGAGCAUCGAAGUCGUUCUCAGCUUCGUCAUGCAAGACAAGAAGACAUCGUACCUGUGGUCAUCGUCGAUCACGUACAAUCAAACAAAAGAGGAACAGGUCCAGGUCCUGUUUGAGACCCCCGUUGGUCGAAGCUAUCAGUGCAAUAAACAGGUCGUUCCGCUCGGAGCAACAUACAGCCUCACUUUAGAAGACAUGCAACUCCAGCCGUUUGCUUCUUUUGCUAAUCAUGACUUUGGAAAAGCUUACUCAUGCGUGCCACCGCCGAGUGGACCUAACGCCGCGGUCAUUGUCGGGUUGGUUCUCGGAGGUAUCAUACUCAUUCUCCUGAUCGCCGUCAUCAGCUUAUGCAGGAAAAAGAAGGGACCGGGAAGAGGCUACAACAAUUUUUCAUAAAACCUUUAGAUUCAGGCAAUGUUUUUCGUUGACGAAUAACAAUUUUAAGAAUCCCGGUUGGUGCGUCGCAAAUCUCUUUGUAAAAUUACGCACGACUGUAUGCACGACUGGUGAUCCCAUAUUGCGCCAAAAGAUACAUCCCUAUGUUGCUGAUUUAGCACCUAAGAAAAUAUUCCAAUCAAAUGAAUUCAAUCAUGGUUUAUUUUGUAUAAAAAACAAUACAUGUUACAAAGCCAGAAGGCUGAAAUUAACAUGUUUACAAGAAAACGUUCACAAGUCAUGGAUAAAAGCAAACAAUUACAAUUUACAAUGUACAUAGAUAAUAAAUAAAUUUCAAAGAGCAAGUGUACAUGAAAUUCAUUAAAUAUAA